UAUAGCUUUACCUUCUAUUCCAGAGUGAAGUGAAAGAAAGGAAAAGAUCUUUCGUCAUCUGCUGUUUGCCGUUUGCUCGCAAUGCGGGAUGUUGCGAAGGUGAAGUGGCUUUCUUCGGCUCAAUAGCUGGCGUGGUGUUUUUCUGUCGUUCCGCCAUCGUUUGGAAUGUGAUCGUAGAUUUCGUGUUAGCCUAGUUUCGUUUCGGAUUAAGUGUGCUGCAUCCGGAACGAGAGCAGUGGGAAUUUUCGGGUUUCUCGCCUGAUUUUGUGUUAAUCACUCGUUACGACAUCACGAAUAAUUUUAGUUGGAAGGCAUGUUUUUGAGGUUGUUUGUGAUUAAUGGAAUUUAGAAGCCUAUUUUGAAGAAAUAGCCGAGAAUUAAUCUAACAAAAACGAUUAAAAAUUGAAUCAGUGAACGAAGUGAGCAUUAAAGUAAAGAGCAGAUUGUGCAACGUAACGAGCUUUUUUUGUUGUGUCCAAGAAAUUGUGCUAGUGUAAGUGAGGUAUCCCUAUAGCUUUCAGAUGGCUGACUGGUGAAGAAAAUGUACAAUAAAUAGUCGCUUAAGAGGGGUCAGUCUGGGUUAGACAGCACGAUUUUUUCGCGCCUUUGUUGGUGAGCAUUCGAAAUCGUGUGAAAGUAUCUCCGCAGCCGCACUGGGUGUAUUGGUCAAAUACUACUGGGUUGACUAAACUGGAGAGACAGCAACGAGAUAGCUAAGCUAGGAUAAAAAAAACACGUCAUCGGAAACCAGAGUGCACACAUCCGCUUCACGAUGACGAAAGCCGAGCAGACGCCAAAGGAGAGGAUGCGGUUUCAUGGACUGGUUUUUGCAUUGGUGACUGCGCUGCUGCUGAUUCUAGCCGAACCGGUUCGAAGUCAAAUCAUCAACCGGACGCCACAUUUUAUUCCAAGCUCCGGAGAUAUGUCUCGUUUUAGUCUACCGGAAAAUACACCGGUUGGAAGUGUCGUCUAUCAACUUCGAGGCGUUGACCCCGAGGGAAGCAAGCUACGCUACAGCAUAUCUGGACCAGUUUUCAGCGUAGAUCGAGACACCGGUGUGGUACGAUUACGACAGUCAUUAGAUCGCGAGGUGCAGGACACCGUUGAAGUGAUCAUCAGUCUAACAGACGAAGGCACACUAGGGACGGAACCAAACACCGUUUCACUGAGGCGUGAAAUUCCUAUCCGCGACUACAACGACAAUACACCCACGUUCAUUGGACGGCCGUACAGUGCGUCGAUAAGCGAGUCCACCAAACCGGGAAGCAUCGUUAAGAUUACUCCCGAAAUCAUAGUGACCGAUUUGGAUGAAGGCAUUAACGCAGAUGUUAAAUUGUCCUGCUACCUGGAUCCUACGAAGGAGAAUGACGACAUCUGCGAGGUGUUCGAAGUGAGAACGGAAAAGAUAGCACAGGGCAAGUAUGGAGCUGAAAUAAUUCUUAGAAAAACUCUAGACUUCGAAACUAGACCAUCCUACAUUCUGACGAUUCAAGCCAAAGACGGAGCAAUUGGCAACCCUCUGAAAUCGAAUGCCACAGUUGCCAUCACUAUAAUUGAUGUACAAGAUCAACCACCGGUAUUUAUCAAUGCACCGUACUCGGCAUCCAUUCCGGAAAACACUCCAGAAGGAACUACUGUCCUUAUAAUCAAUGCAACUGAUGGUGACACCGGCAGCCCACAUCCAAUUGCGCUUUCAUUGGAAAAUGAUCCCAUGAAACAUUUUGCUCUUAAGUUCAUUGGAACCCCAGGAAACGGUGUUGCCGAAUUGGUGACCACAGAACGGGCACUUGACCGAGAGGAUCUGAAAAUUAUUCGAAAUGGUGGCGCAUACACAUUCUCCGUCCGCGCUACGGAACUAAUCAACAAUGAAGUUCCGGGGGAUUCAACUAGCUCCCAAAUCACUAUAGUACUAACCGAUGUAGACGACCACAUUCCGGAGUUCAACAAACCAUCUUUCGAAGUCUCCAUCCCGGAAAAUUUGGAGAAUGAAGCUCCACUGCCAGAUCUAGCGAUAGUCGUUACUGAUUUGGAUUUGGGAGCCAACAGCAGAUAUACCCUAUCGUUAAGGGAUAUUCACAACUCAGACGGAGUUUUUACAGUUUCCCCUACGCAUGGCGAAGGACGCACACCGGUCGUUGUGAAAGUGAAAAACUCUGCAGCGUUGGAUUACGACGUACAAGACGCUAGCCUCAGAAUGUUCGUAUUCGAUAUUGUUGCAUCCGUGAAUGGUUUAGAACAAUCCAAAACUCAAGUUACCUUACAUCUGCAAGAUGUAAAUGACAACUCUCCCAUAUUUCCACGUUCGAACUACAAAUUACACGUUAAAGAAAAUUCUCCCAAAGGUUUCCGAAUCGCAAACAUCUCCGCAAUCGAUCACGACACGGGAAUGUUUGGCAAAUUGACCUACAUGGUGAAAGGAUUCGGUGCGGACUACUUUUAUACCGAUCCAACAAAAGGCGGUGUAUACGUAAAUCUUAAUCUGGAUUAUGAAUCACAGAAAAGCUACAGCUUGGCACUUGUGGCCAUCGAUGGAGGCGGUCGCGAAACAAAUGCGAAUCUACUGAUCGACAUUAUGGAUGUCAAUGACAACUAUCCCGCUUUUGAGUCACUCGAAUACACUAGAACGAUACGCGAAGGAGCAACUGAAUUUGAACCUCAGUUUUUCGUCCAUGCUACCGAUCAAGAUGGACCACAGCAAGGUGGCGGCAAAGUAACGUACUCAAUCGAGUCCGAGAACAGUAUUUCCGGACACGUGUUUACGGUAGACCCCGACAGUGGUGAGAUCAAGAUCACCCGUCCCGUCAAUUCGAUGGACACUGAACGGGGACAAUAUGAACUGAUUUUGGCGGCCACCGACCAUGGAGUUCCACCGCUUAAAAACGACACCCGAGUUUUGAUUCGGGUUGGAAUUUCCGGCAACCAGAGACCGAUUUUCAAAGCGCUGUUCACCAGCGGAAUGAGUGAUAUUCCUGGACCGCCGAGCUAUCGGGUUACUAUUCCGGAGAAUGCACCUGCCGGAUUCGUUGUGGCGAAUGUUAGUGCCACGGAUCCGGACGGAAUUGAUGAUUUGCUUAUCUAUAAGAUCGUUGGUGCGAGUGACAAUUUUCAGAUGAAUGAUCAUACCGGCCAGAUAACCGUUGCACGGGAUACCCGUCUUGAUCGUGACAGCAACCCAGAGAGUUACACCAUAGUAGUAAACGCUAUCGAUGCUGGGUUCCCAAUUCCGGAAACGGCAACCACAACUGUGUUUGUUAAAAUUCAAGACGUUAACGAUAAACCUCCGAAGUUUUCUCAACAAUCCUACACCGCUUAUGUUUCCGAACGCACCAACGUGGAUUCUGAAGUGAUCAAAGUGACUGCUAGCGAUACUGACAUGAAUGCUAAGAUAUUAUAUUCAAUCGUCGAGCCCAUUACUGCUAAAACCAAAGCCGGAAUUCCGUUACUAUCAACCUCACCGUAUGACUACAAAACUGCUUUUCGGAUCAGCGAAGACGAAGGAGUGAUUUACGUUAACAACACACUGGACUACAACUAUGCUGCUGUAAUUACGCUAACGGUUCGUGCGGUGGAUGUCAAUGCCGAGUACAACAUCGACAUGCAGCAAGACCGUGCAGAGGUCACAAUGUUUGUGCAAUCAUUCAAGGAUACGAAUCCAAUUUUCAAAAACAAAGGUUGGAACACUGUACGGCCGAAAAUCGAAGUCAAAAUCAAGGAAGAAGCACCAAUCGGAAGUAUUGUAAUGAAAAUAGAAGCAGAAGAUCCAGUGGCUGAUAUUCCCAUAAUGGAUUUCGAAUUAGUAAUGCCGGAUGUUGACGGAUGCUUUAGUUUGAACGAGAAAACUGGAGACAUCAUUCUUAACAAACGCUUAGACUAUGAAACAACCAACAAAACGAGCAUAGACUUUGUGGUGCGAGCAAUGACGAGCAAUCGCAAGCGACAGUCCUUAGCCUAUGUCAAUGUGACUCUAGAGAACGUCAACGACAAUGCACCUGUGUUUGAAAAAGAGAUCUACCGAGUAACUGCCAUGGAAUCGGACCGUCACCCGCACCAAAUCGUAACUGUCAAGGCAACUGACGGUGACGCUGUUUUAACCGAGCAAGACAGACUGUCCGGCUUCAACAGGGUAUGGUACAGUCUAGCUGGUUCACAUGCGAACUUGUUCACAAUCGACAACCAAACUGGCGUUAUUCGCAUAGCAAAAGGACAAAGCUUAGAUCGGGAAAAACAAUCGGUUUUGAAACUUUCAGUCAUCGCUGAAGAUACGCCCGGAAAGCUUGGCGAUGCCAAGCGAGGGUACGCGGAAGUCAUCGUCGACGUGCUGGAUGUGAACGACAAUGCUCCAAUUUUCGGCCAGAAAUCCUAUACGGCCGUCAUUCCGGAGAACGUAUUAGCCGAUACAUUCGUGAUUGUCAUUACGGCUCACGACCCAGACGAAGGACCCGGUGGAGAAGUUCGUUACGAGUUCCUCAACGAAGGAGAAGCUAACGGUCUCCUACACAUCAACCCGAAAACAGGCGAAAUCAAAACCAAAGUUCUUCUGACGGGAAAAGGACGAUCGGAUCCGUACGAGUUGAUUGUCCGUGCACAAGACAGCGGAAGUCAGCUGCCGAAGCAACGAUCGCUGUACAGUGAUGUUACAUUUACACUGUACAUUGGUGACAUAAGCGCCAACGAUGGAAUUCCAUUCUUCAUUGCCCCGAAGGUUGGACAGAUAGCGAACGUUACCGAGAACGCAACAAUAGGCGCACCAGUAUUUCAAGUUAUUGCUAGUGAUCCUGACAGUCCUGCCAGUCCGAGUGGGACCCUACGAUACCGAAUCCAGUCGGACAUCGAGGACGCAAAGUCAUUUAGGAUUGAUUCAAAGACUGGACUAAUUUCAACUACCAAAUCGCUGGACCGUGAAGUGAAAUCUAUGUAUAACGUAAUUAUUGAGGUCAGUGAUAUGGGAGAGCCUCCACAAGCUGCAACAAUUGUGUUGCGGAUUAAUGUGUUAGACAUUGACGAUCAUAAGCCACAAUUCGACCGAGAUGUGGAUGCACAACCAAUCGAAAUGAUGGUGCUCGAGGAACAACCAGCCGGAGCGAUUGUUGGAAAUCUUUCGGCGGUGGAUGAAGACAUCGACGAGAAUGGUGCAAUAGAUUAUGAAUUCAUUGACGGCAAUGAGUUGGGACUUUUUAAAAUUUCCCGAACCGAGAGCAAUGCUGCUAUAAUUACAACCACAAAGCCUCUGGAUCGCGAAACACUGGAAUCUGUUAGUUUAACAAUCAAGUGUUUCAAAUACAAAAAUGAGCCUUUACCGACCACGGGAGGAUACAACAAAUACGAUCGUUCCGAACAGCGAAUCAUCAUUCAUAUAGCAGAUAUCGAUGAUCAUUUGCCUAUUUUCGAAAGAGAAAAUCAAACCGUGGGCAUUCGACACAAUGUCCCAAUUGAUACUCCUAUCGUUUCAUGCAAAGCGUACGACGAAGAUCCCGGAGCAGCUCCAAUCUUCUACAGUAUGCAAAACAUAACAUUUGUUCCGCAGUUUUUCCGACACGAUAACCGAACCGAAGACCCAAGAGCAUUGUUUAGUUUAAACAACUCUACCGGUGAAAUCCGUACCACACACAGCAUGUCCGACUACGUCGACGGAUUCUUCCAAGUCACUUUAAAAGCUAUCAAUUCGCACAGCGCAGAUCGUCAAGCGGAAAAUAAUCUGAAAAUUUUUGUAAUACGAGACAAAUCGUUACUACGUUUCGUAUUUUCCAAACCCCCUUCGGAAAUCAAUAAUGUACUGGGAAAUUUCACAUCGGAAAUGCAGUCUAGACUAGCCGAAUCAAGCCUAGAGCUGUCCGUGUUCGAUGCUCAGGUUCUCGCCAAACCCGAUCACAGCCUUGAUUUCAGUUCCACAAGUUCCUGUUUUCAACUUUCCCGUUCCGGUUCUGCACUUUCGCCGCAGGAAAUGCUCAAAUUAAUGGACAGUCAGGACAUAAAGGAUGCUCUGCUGGAAACCUACCUGAAGUAUUCAGUACACAAAAUCGACUCUUGCUCAGUUUCCCGAAAACCACAAACGGCAUCGCUAAUAGCAUCCUCCGGUACCUGGUUGGUGAUAUUGGCUGGACUGAUAGGAUUUGCAGCGUUCGCUUCGACAAUUACUGCAUGCUGCCUUGCAAGAAGAUACAAAUCUCAACUACGAAUGUCAACAGCCUCGCAAAGAGUCGGUAGUUCCGACAUUUACGGUAGUGCGACACCGGUUUUGUACACGGAGCCCAUCUACGGAGUUCUGUAGCGUAAAUCACGCUACAUAAACCAUCAUAGUCUGUACAAAAGAAGUCAUACAAAAGUCAUAGGAAAGUCGGGAAUUGCACGGCACAGAACAAUGUACGGUUUUCGUUGAGUUUGAACGCGAUGCUCAAGCUGCAAAUCGUAACAGCCACAUCGGAAGUGGAUUUCUAGCGAUGUUUUUAAACUUGCCCCUACCAUAACGCGUUGCACCGACAGAUCCGGUGUUGAAAAGAGUGGCACGCCAUAACCUUGAAAUUGUGCGCCGUUAAAAUUGUUAAGUUUUGACUAGAGCACGAGAAGCAGCACUCUUGCUAGUAUAAGAUAUUUAUUUUUUUUACCUAGGAGCUCAAAGGAUUAGAAAACAGAACGUGUUGUUGUUGAAAGCGUGUAUGGAAUGAGAUGAGUUACGCGACGUGAUCACGGUGUGGUGGUCGAAUGCUGCCUCCUAAAACUGAAAGAAAGAAAGAAUG